AUGACGUUAGAAUUUAAGGACUACUUUUGGGGUGAAAAAAAUAAUGGGUUUGAUGUACUAUAUCAUAACAUGAAGUACGGCUUGGUGGCCAGCAAAGAAUUUACUGAUUUUUUAAGAGAAAGGUCAAACAUAGAAGAAAAUAAUUCAAAAUUACUUAGUAAGUUAGCUAAGCAAACAGGUAGUUGUUGUGUACAAGGUACAUUUGCCCCAUUAUGGCAAGUAUUGAAGACAUCAGCAGAGCGAUUAUCGGUUCUGCAUAUGCAAACUGUACAAAAAGUGACAGAUCUGGCAAAAGAAGUACAUAAGUACACAGAAGAAUUACAUAAGAAACAUAAGUUGGUUAAGGAAGAAGAAUCUGGAACACUGGAAGCCGUCCAGGCAAUGCAAACGGUAACGUUAAAUGUUCAAAAAUCCCGAGACACAUACACCCAACGUAACCUUGAAUUAGAAAAGUUACGCAAAGAAAGCACUUCUGCUAAAGAAAUAGAAAAGGCUGAAGUUAAGCUGAAAAAAGCGCAGGAAGAUUACAAAUCCUUUGUGGACAAAUAUAGUACCGCUAAAGAAGAUUUUGAAAAGAAAAUGUCAGUGACUUGUAAAAAUUUUCAAGACUUAGAAAUUAAUCAUUUAGUUCACAUGAAAGAUUUUAUUACAAAGUACUCAGAUGUUGUUGAAUCGACACACGAACAGGUGGGAACUGUGCAUUCAGAAUUCCGGCAACAGUGUGUAGUGUUAACUGUGGACCAGUUGCUUGAACAAUUUGUUCACAGUAAAUCUACUGGAUUAGAACGACCAGGUACAUUGGAUUUGGAGGACCCACUAACAUCUCCCACUACUACGGAAGCAGAAUCGAAAACAACAAAGAGAGAAGGUAAUGGUCAAAGUGAAUCAGUGCCAACACAUGCCAAAACAUCUCGUCGAACAACCUCUCUCCUAAACCUCUUCAUGUCUAACUCCCAGGGAUCACGUGAAAGUCGAGCGGGUCCAUGCAGCGCUCCUUCAAGUCCUACAACUCCAGAAGGGGAGCAACAGUUGACAAGGCACUCCAAUAGAGGAUCCAAGUGGUUCUUAAGGAGCAGAAGGGACAAAACCAAGCAGAAGAAAGCUAAGAAAAAGAGCAAGGACAGUGUAGACAACCAGAGCAAUAAAGAAGAAAAGUCAGAUUUGGAGGAAAAGGAUGAUUCUCAGAAAAGUCAGCGAACUGCUGAAGUAACAGAUACUUCAACGCAAGAAGUAGACGAAGAUGGAUAUGUAAUACGGCCCGAAGUUACUCACAAUUGGACUGGUGAAAAAGGAAGUUUUUAUUCAUCAUCUGACUCUGACUCGGACGACGAGAGAGAACGCAAAAUACAUGUAGAAAUUAAGCCUUUGAACAAUGGAUCUGCCCCUAUGUCUGCUUCUGUUGAUGAACUAAGAGCAACGGUUGAGAAUCUUUAUCUGUCUCCCACGGGAAGUUUUACGAGACGCGGAUCAAAUUUGGAUACAGAUCCAGCUAUGAAAAGAUCACAAUCUGUGUCUCAACAGUUAGGAAAACCUAGCAGUGACCUUUUGGGCCUAAACUUUCUUCGCAGUCCCACAGCCUCGAAUGCUUCUACACCGACAAGCUCCCAUCCCUAUGCACCUCUACAGAGUCCUUCACAGCUUGCUUUAAAUUCGCCCACAUUGUCUGUUUCAUCUAGAUAUGCUG